CCGUUUUGAGAAUUUAAAUCUUGUCGAGAUAGAAUUCUUUGUUCAUGAUGAAUUUACAGUAGCACAGAGUUUUAAACAGCAAAAUGUUUUAAAGAUAUUUGAUGAAUCACAAAAAUAACCGUUCGUGGUAUUAAAUAGUAAUGCGUAAUUUGAUGAGGGACCCAAAACGACACAGCGCAUUUCGACGGCAUAUCCGUGCUUCUGAGCCCAUUAGCAGCACGCUGAUAAGAUGAGACGGGAGCAGUUGCAAGCCUUCGUCAAGGAGAACCUGCUGACGUUUUUGACUAUCGGUGGAGUCAUCGUUGGCAUAGUGCUUGGAAUUGGUCUCAGGGAAGUGCCCGCGGAAGGUGAAAAAUGGACCGCAAGAGAUGUAGCCUACAUCAACUUUGUAGGAGAUAUCUUCCUCCGGAUGCUGAAAGCACUGAUCCUGCCUCUUAUUGUUACAUCCCUCAUCGCUGCUGUCGGUUCCCUAGAUUUGUCGCUUUCGGGAAAAAUCGGAGGUCGAGCUGUCCUGUACUACGUGAUAACAACGGUAAUGGCAGUUAUUUUGGGAAUUGUACUCGUCGUAACCAUUCAACCGGGCAAAGGAGCCGAAGAGACCAGUGGCGCUGUAAAAGGGGAAGUACGAAACGUUACAACAGCUGACACUUUGCUGGACUUGGUACGAAACAUGUUUCCACCGAACCUGGUCCAAGCUUGCCUACAGCAAUAUCAAACUGUUCUGACACCUCCCAAAAGUAACCCGGUGGAAACAGAUCUGAUCCUUUGGUCUGUUGGCGGUAAAUUUGUCGAUGGAAUGAACAUCAUUGGUCUGGUGGUGGCAUCUAUUGUAUUCGGAAUAGCACUUGGGGCACUGAAAGAAGAUGUUCAGCUAGUACUGAAGUUCUUUCAACAGUUGUCACAUACCAUCAUGAAAGUUACAGGAUGGGUUAUAUGGUUGUCGCCCAUCGGAGUGUUGUUUUUGAUUACUGCCAAACUGUUGGAAAUGGAAGAUCUAGGAGCCGUCUUCGGUAAACUAGGUCUAUACUUUGCCGUAGUUGCUGGUGGAAUUGUAUUCCACGGAUUCGUCAUUCUUCCGCUGUUGUUCUUCCUGUUCACUCGUAAAAAUCCAGUCAAAUUUGUAGCAAACAUGGGUCAAGCGAUUGCCACCGCCUUCGGAACCUCGUCAAGUUCGGCGACCUUGCCAGUGACUAUGCAAUGCCUCGAAGACAAAAAUCACAUCGAUCCACGUGUGUCCCGAUUUGUGCUACCGAUUGGCGCCACUAUCAAUAUGGACGGCACUGCCUUGUACGAAGCUGUGGCCGCCAUUUUCAUUGCUCAACUCAGAGGACUUUCGCUCACAUUUGGGAACAUAGUUGCCAUAAGCAUAACAGCGACAGCAGCCAGCAUAGGCGCAGCAGGAAUUCCUCAGGCCGGAUUAGUCACAUUGGUCAUGGUGCUGGAUACAGUUGGUCUACCAGCAGAAGACGUAUCACUCAUAAUAGCCGUGGAUUGGUUGUUGGAUCGCUUCCGCACCGUGGUAAACGUGCUGGGAGAUAGCAUUGGUGCGGCCAUUGUCGCCCACUACAGUCAAAAGGAACUGACAACAAUUCCAUCCAGUGAGAUUAACGGGAAAACUCAACGAAAUUCUCUGGUGCACAGUGCUGAGACAGUGGUAUUCGAAGAGAGGCUGUAAGCGAAACUGAUGACCACUUUUUGAUUUAAGCAUGUUAAUAACUCGUACUGAGUAGAUGACUCGAUCUUAACGUAAAAACUAAGGCAACCAUGUCAAAGUAAAGUGUUAUGUUAUUGAAAAAUUAACCGUAUUAACUUAUGAUGUAAGGUAACUGCAAACAUUGAUAUUGAAUGAAAUAAACGUUAUCCUCAACAACAAGAAAACAA